GUUUGGUUAAAUUUUCAUCUACCGGACAAACCAUCCACCCAAUAUUUGCAACGAAGGUGCAAACACAUUUGUCUGCAAUAAAUACAAGUGGAACGUAAUCAAUGGCCGAUCAGUAUUCGAAUUAUGGCGGUGGCGGUGGCGGUAUGAUGCCCAACAAUUUUGGGGGACAACAAAAUUUCUCUGUUCCACCACCAAGUUUCGGAGGUAAUCAACAGUUCAAAAAUGAUAAUCAAGGAAAUUGGCAACCUCCGUCGGCCGGCGGCUAUGGAAGUGGCGGAGGUGGAGGUGGUGGCGGCGGUGAUAGCUAUCAAUCUGGUGGUUAUCAAAACGACAAACGAGAUGGAGGAGGCUAUCAGCGAGGUAACAACGACGGCGGUGGCUACGGAAAUAACCGUGGAGGUGGUGGCGGUGGAAAUGAUUUUAAUGACCGUCGUGGCAAUGGAAGUGGUGGAUACGGCAGUGGCGGCGUCAACAAGGGUGGUUAUAACAAUAAAGGAAGUGGCGGCGGCGGCGAUAACGAAAUGAUUACCCAGGAAGAUACAAUUUUCAUUGCUGGUAUGAAUCCAAGUGCAACCGAAGAAGACAUUGCCAAUCAUUUCGGUGCCAUCGGAAUAAUAAAGAAAGACAAAAAGACAAUGAAACCAAAGAUUUGGUUGUACAGGAAUAAAGAAACUGGCGACUCCAAGGGCGAAGCUACCGUAACGUACGAUGACGCUAAUGCGGCUAAAUCAGCAAUUGAAUGGUUUGAUGGUCGUGAAUUCAACGGUGAGACAGUGAGAGUUUCCCUAGCGCAACGACAAAACAAUUGGAAGCAAGGAGGAGGUGGUGGAGGCGGCGGCGGCGGAUUUGGUCGCGGUGGUGGUGGAGGAUUCGGCGGAAAUAGAGGAGGCGGUGACAGAGGUGGCGGACGCUUCGAUCGAGGCGGAAACGAUGAUGGUGGUCGAUCGCGAGGAAGUCAAGGUGGUGGAGGCCGUGGAGGCGGCGGAAACAUUCCUCAAAGAGAUGGAGAUUGGACAUGCAGUAAAUGUACAAAUAAAAAUUUCGCAUGGAGAAAUGAAUGCAAUCGUUGUUCAGCACCAAAAGAAGAAGGUGCUGGCGGCGGUGGUGGUGAUAAUUCACGAGGUAAUGAUAGACGCGGAGGAGGAGGUGGUGGUGGUGGUGGUGGCGGAAGAAAUGAUUAUGGACGAAGCGAUUACGGAAAUCGAGGUGGUAAUCGUGGUGGUUAUGGAGGUGGUGGCGGUGGUGGAGGUGGUGGACGAAGAGAUGGAGGACCAACACGUGGAGGGGAUCGAGGCAACGACAGAAGCCGUCCAUAUUAAUUGGAAUCGAUUCGGUCCGGACUAUCGAACCGACAAUCAUCGCCUGACUUUUUAGUUUUUCUUUUCAAAAAUAAAAAAAAAUUAGAAAAUCCAUCUCACGUAAUCUGUAAUUAUAAUUUUGAAUGUCAUAAAAAUAUAAUGAUUCAUUGCAUCACUAUAA